GGCAAAGGCGUAUGACUAAAGUUCGCUCCGGCUUACUCGACAUUCUAUAACUCAAGAUAAGACUAUCAGUUGUCAUUUAUCAGUUACACAUUACAUUGAGUAUUCGAUCCCUUUAGGGGUCUUAAACCGUUCAGAAGUCCACAAAAUUUUUCGAUUAGUAUGCACUCUUCCGAGUAUAGUAUUCUGCUGAGUUGCCUUGUAAUCGGAUCUCUCGACCGGCGUUUCGCGUUGGUUACGUGGAAAUAUAUGAAUUGAAAGAGUCGCGAAAUUUUUAAAAAUUUGAUCAGGUUCAGUGUAUUCUAAUCAGUGCCGCUAGUGAGUGUUUUACGGGAAAAUGAGUCUUUUCAACAUAGAAUGGGCCCCGCUAAAUGUACCUUUGCAUCGACGCCUAGAAACGCUUACCGCUGCCAUUUGGAUAUUUUGGCUCCUCUUUGGUGAAUUCAUUUGUGUUUUCAUAUUUUGCGCGUUGGUGGUGAAGGGAAAUAUCUAUAUAAGAGCGUUGUUGGUUAUAUAUUGCAUUCAUAUAUACCGGGAUCGAAAGGCAGGCGACACUGGAGGCAAAGGACAAGGCUAUCGAUGGAUGCGUGAAAGUAAAUUCUGGGUGUAUUUCAAAAAUUAUUUUCCUGUUGAUUUGGUGAAAACUGUUGACUUGAGUCCAGAUCGUAAUUAUCUGUUUGCAUCUUUUCCUCAUGGCAUAUUAAGUACGGGGGCUUUCGCCAACUUUGCAACUUCAGCUUCAAACUGGAAAGAACUCUUUCCUGGAAUUCGAUCAAAGUUGGUUACUUUAAAUUUCCACUUUCAAAUUCCAUUCUUCCGUAUAUUUCCCUUCUCAUGGGGACUAGCUUCGGCUUCGUCAAACAGCUUGAAGGCUCUGCUAACGGCCUCAAAUGAUCCGAAAGAUCCAAUAAAUCGCGAUGGUUACACAGCUAAUGCUGCCACGGUUGUUGUUGGUGGAGCGCAAGAAUCCUUAUAUUGUCGUCCGAACAACUACCAGGUAGUCGUGAAAAAGCGAAAAGGAUUCAUAAAAAUGGCCUUGGUUACAGGUGCUCCAAUCGUACCAGUAUUUUCAUUUGGAGAAGUAGACGUCUUCGACCAACCUGCGAACCCUCCCGGAUCACUUCUAAGACGAUAUCAGGAAUGGUUUAAGAGUAUUACUGGUAUGGCCCCGAUUAUGUUCAUUGGGCGGGGUUUCUUCCAGUACUCAUUCGGGAUGAUACCUAGACGAAGACGUAUAACAACAGUUAUUGGAGCACCACUUGAAGUUCCGCAUAAUACAAACCCUACAUGGGAUGAGAUCAAUGAAGUUCAUGCUAAAUUCAUUGAGGCUCUCAUCGAUCUCUUUGAAACGCAUAAACAUAAGUACAUUCAAGAUGCCAAGAAUGUGAAAUUAAUAAUCGAAUAAAUCAAGACUGAUGUGUAGUUAGAUAAAUUAUAGUUAAGCAUAUGCUGGUAAUUGCAAUAAGAGAUUCUAUUCCAUUUAAA